AUGUUCAAUAACGAGGCGGAUCCUCGUCUGGCAUCGCUUCUCGACAAGGCACCCGUUGCCGUUUGGUUCGCCUGCGGUCAGGAUCUCGGUAAAUAUGUCAAGCAAGUCCGUGCGCGUGACGCCACUCGCGACCACAAGACGUUCGUGUUCAUCACCGUCAACGCCGUCGAGGAAGCGGAGCGCGCCAGCAACGAGCGGAAGGCCGACGUGCUCGUCGCGGAAGGUGCGGAAGCUGGUGGACGGAAAAGCAUCUACUCUCCACCUACGGAGAAGUUCCUUUGGCUAGUCCUCGAGGCAGUACCCACAGGCCCUCCCGUCCUCGCAGCAGGCGGCAUCAACACGGGAGUGCAGAUCUCGGCGCUCCUGUGCAUGUUCCCAGGCGAGAUGAAGAAGGUGCUCGUCGAGGCCGGCCCUGACUCGACCUCCAGAAGUCCUGCGUACGAUCUUGCAUUCCCACCCAACGUCUGGCUGAAGGGAAUCGAAGCAUGUUGCAUCACAGAAAAAACCGUGGCUGACUUUGAGAAGGGCCUACGCCCCGAAAACAGGAAAGCGAACAUGGCGAGUGGAAAGGAGGAAUAUCUUCUGACUUAUGCUGGCACAGGUGUACAGGACCUGAACAAGAUCGAGAGCACGUCAGGUGUGAUGCAGAGCCUUCAAAAUGAAAUUAUCGCUGCGUUGAAGACUCGUGCUCCUCAGCUGCUUGGGCAACCUUGA